GGCGUGGCUGCACAUAGUUUGGUUGCAUCGGACGUUGCUUAUCAACUUUUGCUACUAGAGGAUUCUUGUGAAGCUACUUCGCGGCUUCCAAACAUUUACCCGCCUCGGCUCGGUUCGUGUUUUUCUGUAGUGCACGAGCGCGACCCGGGAGUCCGUUCUUGGUUCUGGAAUCCUCGGGGAAGCAGCGAGAGCGCGAAGCGACGACGAGACUCCAUUUUCGGAUGCAGCUCGGAGGCUAGCUAGCAGCCCAGCGUAACUGCUCGCGCGGCUAAGCUAACUUUCCCUUCCAGGCGAACGGGAGCUGCAGCGAGCGAGCUGCCUGCGGUUACUUGACGAUACUUUCGUUGACUACAAAAGACUCCCAGCAUGCUGAUGGUGGGAGGCGAUGGACGGGUGCACUAGAAUGAGUGUGAAGGAACUGUGUGAGACCGAUGACCUGGCCACCAGUUUGGUGCUGGACCCUCUGCUGGGCUUCAGCACCCACAAAAUGAACAUCAGUCCUCAGCCAGAGAUCCGGCGAUGGGGAAACCUGAAGGAGACGUUGCUGCGGUUUCAGCGCACGCACGACUUCAACGCCGCGUUCGAGGCCCUGACGGUGGGAGAGCCGGCCGGCGACUUCUUCAGCGCGUUGGGGAGCCACCGACAGGAGCUGCUGAGACAACAUGUCUACCGCUACCUCAGUGCCUUCCUGCUGGAUAGUGGCAUCAAGAUCGAGUCCUGCGACAGAUAUUCCUCGGAGACCAACGGGGCGAAGAUCUCCUCCACCAGGCACUGGUUUGUGGGCGAGCGCGUGGAGGUGCUGCUGGGCUGCAUCGCCGAGCUGAGUCCGGCCGACAGCUCCUUCGUGACGGCCGGGGUCAACGACUUCAGCGUCAUGUACUCCACGCGCAAGCGGUGCGCUCAGCUGUGGCUGGGGCCCGCGGCCUUCAUCAACCACGACUGCAAACCCAACUGUAAGUUCGUCCCCUGUGAGAAGAACGUCGCCGUCGUGGAGGUGAUCCGGCCCAUCUCUCCCGGGGAGGAGAUCACGUGUUACUACGGCGCCAGCUUUUUCGGCGAAGGCAACGAAAUGUGCGAGUGCUGCACCUGUGAAAGGAAUGGGGAGGGUCACUUCAGACACCGAGGAAAGCAGCCCGAAUGCGAGGAAACAAAAGAGUCUGCGGGCCAGAAGUACCGCCUGAGGGAGAGAUACCUGCGCCAUCAGCGGGAGAGAGGGCACUUGGCCGCCCGGCCGGUCACACCUGGAUUACACUCGGGCAUCUUCAAAGCCAUCCCCUCCAGGAACUCCUUCACCCAGCAGAUGAGGAGAAAUGCCCUGAAGAACAGAAAACUGACGCAAACCAAGACGUGGAGAGAGAAGCAGAGGAGGCGGGUCAAACGCUGUCAGACGGUCCCGCCUCUGUCAAACGUCACCCUGAAGAACCUCCGAAUCCGAGUGCGGCGCCACUCAGUGGAUUUUUUACUUCACUGCAAGAAUCCCAAAAGCAAAGAAAGAGCUUUGCUGCAAGAGCUGGAGGAAAUGAACCUUAAAGUCCGCUCGAUCGGGGAGAAAAAGAGCAGCAGGGCGCUGAAUUUAAAACCUCUAACCCUCAACUCUAACAGACCAUCACAGCAGAAGAACAGAGAAGGCCUCAAAAGAGCCGCUCUGCACAGGAAGUCUGUCAAAGUGGGCAAGAAGACUCUUCCCGUCAGAGCUUCUUCCAGAGCAAAAACAUUGGUGGAGCUCACACCACAAACGCAGAAUCCUGAGAUCUCUGUUCGUCAGCCCGGCGACAAGUCCAGCGGUGGAGUUACUCGGGCAGAGAAGGAGACGCCAAUCACAGAAGGUCAAAGCAGCAAGAGCAGCAUCACCGCCGGGAUGGAAGUCUGCAAAAGCGUCACAGAUGGGUCAAAAAAGGCAGCCGACAAUCUGACUCUGUCCCUGAAGCAAUAUGUUACCGUCAACCUCACCAGAUUAUCAGUGCCGCAGGCUUCACCGGCUGCUGGUGACGCCAACGAAAAGGCUGCGGCCAGAAGUGCGAGGAAGCAGCGCCCGAGACCGCGGAGCAAAAAGCGGAGCGCCAGGUCCGACCGCAGCGCUGGCGAAGGGAACCGAGAGGAGGAUGCAACGAAUAUCCUAACCAAAGACGAACUCAACUUACAGGAAAACGAGAGCGGGGACGACGUCUGUCACAAAAACAGGACCAAUAAAGUUAUUCCACCUGUCAAUCAAAAGAGCCAGACGGACGUGGAUAAAGAGGAAAGUCUUCGAGGUGGCGAGUGUAAAGAGAAAAGUGUUGCAAAGGAGACGACUUUGGAAGAAAACGGAAGAGAAAUCCACAUCCGAGGAGUGUGUGAUCAGGAAAGAGUUCUGAAACAAAUCAAGCAGCCCGUUUGUCAAAAUAAAGAAGUUGUAAUAAAAAGAGCAAAAAUUUUACUGUCUGACAUUUUAGGAAGCAGAAAAUCGUUAAAAGAGAAAGGACUUUUGGGAAGUUUUAGGUCCUCGGUCGCCACAGAAACGCUAAGGGUUAAGGAGGAACCAGAAGAGACGGAAAUAAACGGCGGCAGGUGUCUUCGAUCCGUAAGGAAGAAGACGGGGAGAGGUCGAAAGAGAAACCUUAGACCCGCCAAAACAAAAGCUGACUAUAAACAAAGCAAUGGCGAAGCGCCGGCUUCAGCGACGAACCAGGAACGCUUCCAGGUUCAGUCUCCGCAGAGGCAGGCCGACCCGCUGACCUCCUGCCCCACCCCGCUACCUCACAGGUCACCGAGUUUGGCAAAAGCUGCAACCAACCUGAAGACGGACACGAACCCGCAGCUGCACACGCAGUCCAACAUACCUCUGAAAAAACGCACGUUUCGCAGUGAAGUGGACACGGAGCAAAGUCGCAAUUCCGCCUGUGAGCAAAUUCCCCCCAAAAUCCCCGCACUGGAUUUGGCUCCGAAGCAGGAGGUUGUGGGUUCACAGGAGAGCGGCACUCCUAAAAGGGACUGCAAAGUCAGGUUUCGAGGAGAAGGCCCGGCGAAAAAAAAGAUGAAAUGCAGACGAGUGCUUCGGCCCAGAGCAAACGAAGCGCCGCGCAGACAUCUAUCGAGGAAAGUGAAAACACGCCAGUCAGAAGAGCAAGAUGAGCCCGCCACUCCUCAGGAAAUGAACACGCCAGACGAGGCGGACGCGGCUCCAACCCAGCAGGAACAAAAUGAAAGUCAAGGCAACAAGCAGGCGGAUGAACAAAGUAGUUCUGAAGACACAAAACCGAUUCUCGAUUUUAAGAUCCGUCUGAAGAGGAGGAGAGGCCGAGUGUGGGAAAUGCAGGGCGAAAACAUGGCGCUGAAGGUGGAGAAAGGAGACGACGGGGUGCCGUGCGACCCGUUCAAAGCCAUCAUGGAUUCUGUCUCCAUUCUGAACAUGGAGAUGGAGGCCGCUCAGGCUCAUGUGCACGCCAGCAAGAAGUCUCAGAACCGCUUGCAUCGCUUGAAAAAGAGGGCAGAGAAAAAUCAGGUCCCCGUCCCCGCUGCUCGCCAAGCGCCAGCCAAGUCACCCGAACGCACCGGGCCGAGCGACUCCAUCAAGGAGACGCCGGCGGGAUUGAAGCAGCCUCCAGAAACAGCAGACAACCAAAAUGGCGGCGGUGUUGCAUCAGGACGUGACACGAAAGUGGAAGAUCGUUUUCUGAACAAUUGCUGCCUGUUUGAAAGCGGGUUGGAACCAAAGCUGGAGCCAAAGUUAGACGACCUUUCGCUACCUGUAAUCAAGUUACGGAGGAAAGUGGAGGAUAUUUGGGAGGUGGACAGCAAGGAUGACCUUCUGCACCCCGACCGCAAAACAGAACUCUGCACCAAGAGGGAGAUGAGGGUUCUGGGUCCAGACAAAAAGCCUAAAGGAUGCACCGACGCUUUCAAAGAGGAGGUUCCUCAGAAGCCGAACAGCGCCGCGGCCCCGCUGAAAACCGAACCGCCCUCCUUCUCUCUUUCCCUGUCGCCACUAUCGCUUUCAUCGCCAGUCAGUGAAACUAGAACUGAAGUCCUGCCCUCUGCUGCAGACAGAACCGCCGACAGAUCAGAGGUGAACAGCGGAGGCAGGAAACCCCGGCACAAAAUGGAGAGACCGCGCCGGUGUGGGCCUGUGGAAGCUCCGCCCACCUGCCUGAGCCACACGCUCCAGCAAAUCGACAACAGCCUCUCCAAGCUUUCCGAAGGCUUGUGUUCAUCCCAGACGCUGGAGAAGCCAGCGGACAGCUCCUCCGAGUCCAACGCGGCGGUCCAGCCGGCCGCUCAGUCUCCUUUGUUCGCCGCCGCAGACAACAUGCUCUCCGCUGAGCCCAACUUCACCAACUGCUGCGAGGACAUCCUAGACUUUCAGUGUCUGAACUUUGAGGGCUACUACCAGCCACAGAACAUGCUCCCGUCGUCUCCGUCAGACCUGUGCUCCCUCGAUCCGCCCACCGACCCCUUCAGCAGCCCGCUCUCCCACAGCCCGUCCGACACGUGGACCACAGAAACGCCGUACCUCGGCCCGCCCAGUCCGGGAAACAACUUCACCAGUGAGGAUUUGCAGUUUUUCCCAGGCUUAAUAUCUUCUAAAGGCGAAUCUGCCGCUUUGGACUGUGAAGCAAAAGACGCAGCCAAAGACAGAAAUCCUCUCAAUCCCACGUUUGGCUUUGUGGGAAACUCCGACUUGACAACGAAGGAUCGAGUCAUCAGCAAAAACCUUGCAAUGAGAGCCCGAGAAGACCUCAAAGCCCAGUCUGCAUCUGUCGCCGGCAAGCCUCGUUUGUUUGUUUCCGCACCGUCUUCUGUUAUCCCUCAGAACCCUGUUACUCUGACCCAACCAUCCAUCAGCAUCAGGCCGAGCACCAGCCAGUGCAAGAGCCAGUCCAACCUCAAAAGCCACGGGCCUUUCCAUCGCAUGACCAUUCCAGGAAAAUCCCAGUCGUUCCCCACCGCUCCGUCAAGCACGACUCGAGCUUCAUCCCAAACGUCCAACAGAUUCCUCAGUCCUCAACUGUUGUCUGCGAAAAACCCCAAUCCUCACGAAAGUCCCUACAACUAUCAAGAAAAGUCCUCCACGGUUAUCCACAGGGUUCUGAAGUUUCAGGGAGGGAACCAGACUCAGAACUUGUACAGCGCGCCUUGCAAAGACACUAUGCCUUCUGGCAACCCGGCAGUCACGACUAGGACACAUGGUGCAAAGCCGGGUGUCGCCGAGAAGCCCCACGAGACCUACAGCGUGGGAGGUCAUCAAAAGAACAGCAAUUCUCUUCACGGGUUCAGUUCUUCCAACAAUCACAGCCGGUCCAACCUCCAUUCCAACAAAACCAGUUCUUCCAUUUCACAGCCUCUGAAUGCAAGGAAGAUGUCUUCUGACAAACAAGAGGAAGUCAACAUGACGUACAAGAACUUCUCCGCCAUGCCGAGAUCCUUCGUGUUUCCCAGCAAACCGUCGGACAGUUACGCCUCCCCGCAGGAGAAGAGUCUGAAGCUGGACAAACCCAGCAUGCCAACCUCCGACAAGAACCAGCCGUGUUACCCCCAGCAAGACCCCUUUGACUUCAGCUUUGGGUCGUCGCUUUCGUCCAUGACUCAGCACAGCAGCCCCCAGGUGAUCCAGAGCACACCCCCUUCCACACCAGCACCAGCAAGCAAAAGCCAGUCCUCGGCGUCCUCUGCGUUCCCCUAUGGCUACCAAGGUCCUCCGUACGUCCUGAACUUCAGCGGAGACCACUCGCUGACUCUGGGUCUCAGGGACGGGGCUGAAGGCUACCCGGGCUUCGGCUCCACAAACUACACCUACCACUGCCUGAUGGAGCCUUCGGGCACUCAGGGGCGGCUGGUUCUGGAGCCGUGCGGACCCCAGCUCUCCAACCCGGCCAACUUAGGGAUUUUUUCAGGUCUCAAGAGUCAAGACGACCACUGCAGAAAAGACAUGCAGCAGUGCCAGCCCGGAGAGAACCAGGCCGCAUCACACUACGGCCCCGUCCCAACGUCACACUCUAUGGGCGCCACGAAACCCAAAAGAGUCCGGCUGGUGGUGACGGACGGUACGGUCGACCUUGACCUCCAGUACUCUGACUGAUUGCAGAGAUCUAAUAGUUGCCACAGAGACGUUUUUGUACACAACGGUGGGCUUCGUCAGCGGUACACUCGGACCCGAGUGACUCUUUUCAAAUGUGGUAUUUUAAUAGACUGUUAUUGUAAAAAAAAUAGUUCUAGCCGGUUUAUCUGAAGUCCACUACAGUUCGCUCAGAAAACCAAAUGCAGGAAGAACACUCAGCAUUACAUCCGUAUGUGACGGGGACUCCCCUCUGCUGUACUGUAACAUAGUCAUGUGACUUUUUCUGGGCCGUCGAGACCACCAUCGUUCGCUGGUACUUGUUUUUGGGGGGGUUUCAGAAAGGCAGCUUUGUGCCUCGGUCUUUGAUAUAUCCGUGACUUUUUGAAGCACCUGUUGAGAUAAAGUUUUUUUUUAUACUCUCUUUCUCAAAGUUGUGUGUAAAUUGGUGUGUGGAAGUGCGUGCAUGCUUUUUGUUCGGUAGGUAGAACAACGUCCGAUCCCGGGUUUUUAUUUCAGCGGUGCAAAAGGAGAAAGCCCGUGCAUGAAAAGUGUAAAGUAAGACGAAUCGAGCUGUGAGAAGAUAUUCUAGGACGAGUUUUGGGUGCAGACGGACUUCAUGAACGACACUUCUCCACAGCUGUUAUCUGGGGACCAGGGGGGGGAGGGGGGACAAUUCUGCCCGGUUUCACUUUCUGAAAAAAAAAGACAAAUCUUCCAGAUUUUAGAGAAAAUAUUUCUGUUGCAUCUGAAGUGUGACAAUCCUCUAUUAUAUUUAUUGUUGCUCCCCAAUAGACUGAAGAAUGCUUUUUGCAGUAGUUACAAACGGUUGGUGCUUGAGCGGAGUUCUUAGGUUGCGAGUGCGAUUCCCCUCUUUGUCAUUACAUUCUGUCUGUUGAACCCGGUUGAUGUCAUGUGACGGGAGUGUUGGGUGUGACUGCACAGCCUUACAUUACUAACACACACGUACUGUCUUGAAAUGGAAAGGCCAAUUAUUUAUUUUAAUAUCCUCACUCUUGAAAAGGUGCUUUGAUGUAAUUUAUAUAUUUCAUGUUGAUUGCUGAAAACUAUUCAAGGUUUUUUUUGUAUUAUUAUUUAAUGGGACAAAAUGCUAUUUACAUUGAGUAUUUAAUUUCUAAACCUUUGAAAUUUUAUCCAGUUUUAAAGUGUUGCAGAGAAGCUAGUUUGUUUUCUAAUCGGCUGUUAGUCUGACUGGAAGUCUGCUGUAGAAAUGUAUAAAUGUAGCCUAUAUCAUUAAAGACACUUAAUUCUUUUUA